UCCGCCCCUCCGCCCUCCGCUCCUCCGCCCCUCCACCCCGGGAGGCUGUGGGCCCGGGUGCUGGGGGCGGGCGCGCCGGCCAUGGCUCCCUGGGCGGGGGCCGCGCUUUCCGUGCUGAGCCCGCUGCGCGCUCUGUGGCUCACGCUGGCCGUCGCCUUCCUGCUGACCCUGCUGCUGCAGCUCGUGCCGCCCAGUCUGCUCCCGGGCUGCGGGCUCUUCCAGGACCUGAUCCGCUAUGGGAAAACAAAGCAAGUGGGGCUGCCGCGCCCUGCCGUCUGCCGGGUCUUUGAUGUCCCCAAGAGGUGUUUUUCUCACUUCUAUAUCAUCUCAGUGCUCUGGAAUGGCUUCCUGCUUUGGUGCCUUACACAGUCUCUAUUCUUGGGCGAGCCUUUUCCAAACUGGCUUCAUGGUCUGCUCCGAAUUCUUGGGGCCACACAAUUCCAAGGGGGUGAGCUGGUGCUAUCUACAUUCUUAGUGUUAGUAUUUCUGUGGGUACACAGCUUGAGAAGACUCUUCGAAUGCUUCUACGUUAGCGUCUUCUCCAAUGCCGUUAUUCAUGUUGUGCAGUACUGUUUUGGACUUGUCUACUACAUCCUAGUUGGCCUAACUGUGAUGAGCCAAGUGCCAAUGGAUGGCAGGAAUGUCUAUGUGAUAGGAAAAAAUCUCUUGAUGCAAGCACGGUGGUUCCAUAUCCUUGGAAUGAUGAUGUUCAUCUGGUCAUCUGUUCAUCAGUACAAGUGCCAUGUCAUUCUGGGCAAUCUCAGGAAAAAUAAAGCGGGAGUGGUCAUUCACUGUAACCACCGAAUCCCUUUUGGAGACUGGUUUGAAUAUGUUUCUUCCCCUAACUACUUGGCAGAACUAAUGAUCUACAUUUCUAUGGCUGUCACCUUUGGGUUCCACAACUUAACUUGGUGGCUAGUGGUGGCAUAUGUCUUCUUUAGCCAGGCCCUGUGUGCCUUGCUCAAUCACAAAUUCUAUGAAAGCAAAUUUGUCUCCUACCCAAAGCAUAGGAAAGCUUUUCUGCCAUUUCUGUUUUAAGAUCACCUCAGUCAUGAAGAAUGCAAACCAGGUGAGAAGUUUAAUCCCUAAGGACAAUGAGGUCUAGAGACCAAAGUACAGUUUCUGCAGAACUGUCUGAACAGUGUUCCAUUUUUAUGUCCUAAUGUCUUCACUGAAUGAACAAAACAAUGCCUCUCAAGAUAAUGAAUGUUCAAAAUAUCUUCAAAGAAGAAACACUCUGGCAGACCUAGAAUUGCUGUGUCUGCUGUCUUUGAAGCUUUAUAAAAGCCAACUAAUUGCUAAAAAAUAGAUGAGACUUUUCCAAGCACAAACAGCUUUACACAUGCACUUAUACUCAGAAAGGGAAAUAUGAUCUCAUGUGGCUUUGUUUUUGUUAGGGGCAAAUUAUCUGGACAACAUAAUAAGCAUUAUAGCAGGCAGUCAGUAAAUGUUGCAUUUCAAUAAAAGAACAAGCGUUUGAAAAUAACAACAGCAUUUGGAAAAAUAACAAUAUAUGAGGAGAGUGAAUUUUUUGGAGUUUAUACUUUCAUAUGUUAACAAAAAGAUUUCCAGCUACGUAUUCAUUAGUAGUCAUUUUUACUCAUUUGCUCCUCAGAUCAGUUUACUGUUUAAAAACCUCGAAUUUUUGUUUUUACAUUUCUUUUAAGGGAGUACCUUAUAUAGUUAUGUCAUUAGUGUUUUCAUUUAAAUUGGGUUAAUACCUGCCUAGGUUUAUUUUAACUAGUAGGAUGAGUAUGAAGAUAUUUAGGAAUAUAAAGUUUACAUCUAAAAGCAGUUUAUGUUGCCAAGAAGAUAGCUCCAGAGCAGGACACAGGCCUCCCAGGCCUGAGGUCCCAGGUUCAGUCACCCACACCACAUAUGCCAAGGCUGGUAGUGCUCUGGUUUCUCUCAUAAAAAUAAAAUAAUAUUUUUGAAAAAUUAUAAUAACAAUAAAACUAACUCUGAAAACUUUGGUGGCUCUUGAAGGGAAAGGAAGCAGAAGUAGGGAAUCGGGGUGUCUUUGAUGUGGUACUGGCACUUUGGUGAUGGGUGAGUCUUAUACACAUGUAUAGGUGUGAAAUUAUACCCCUAAACUUUUAUUAUACUGUAAGCCCCUGUUAAAUCAAUAAAAGUAAAUUUUUAUCUUUUCAUAUUAGCGAUUUACAGGAUUAUAAGAUAAUAGGGGUAUAGUUCCAAAAAUAAAUCUUUUUUAAAUAGCAUUUUUUAAAGAAAAUAUCCAUGAUUAGACCAAAGGGAAAGAACUGCAUGAUCUUAAAAUAAUAAUAACAAUACUAUAGCUUGAGCAAACACAGUAAGUGAAAACUCCGUUCAUGCAGCAUAGAAUUCACAGCGUUACUUGCUUUAUUCCUUUUUUGCAGAUGUUAUUACAAUCUGAGCACAGGGGUUUUGCACUAAUAUGUGCCUUGCUUUGGGUGAAGACACUUCAUUAUUGAUCAGACAUAUAUUUCAGUCAGGUGGUGGCACAAUAGGUUAAGCACACAUGGCGCGAAGUGCAGGGGCCAGAGUAAGGAUCCAGGUUCAAGCCUCCAGCUCCCCACCUACAGGGGAGUCGCUUCACAAGUGGUGAAGGUCUGCAAGUGUCUGUCUCUCCCCCUCUCUGUCUUCCCCUCCUCUCUCCAUUUCUCUCUGUCCUAUCCAACAAUAACAACAACAAUAAUAACCACAGCAACAAUAAAAAGACAGCAAGGGCAACAAAAGGGAAAAAAAAAUAGCUUCCAGGUGCAGGCACCAGGCCCCACUGAUAACCCUAGAGGCAAAAAACAGAAAAUAAUAAUAUCCUCACACAUACACCCACACAUCCACCCCUGAAGUAGUAAAGCAAGGUUGUUAACUGAGUUUUUUGGACUUUUGAGUUUUAUUUUAUGUUCGUUUUUGACCAGAGCCCUGGUCCACUUUGGCUAAUGAUGAUGCCAGGCAUUGAACCUAGGAUCUCACAUGCCAGUACUAUGCACCACCACUUUGUAAGCUAACAUUCAGUAUAUGCAUAUUAAAUCAUAUUCUAAAGUUCAUACAAUAAUUAUAUCAUUCUUGGGGGCUGGUGGUAGUAGCGCAGCAGGUUAAGCACACAUAGCCUGAAGUGUAAGGACCGGUGUAAGGAUCCCAGUUUGAGCCCCCGGCUCUCCAUCUGCAGGGAAUUCGUUUCACAGGCUGUUGAAGCAGGUCUGCAGGUGUCUAUCUUUCUCUCCCCCUCUCUGUCUUCCCCAUCUCUCUCGAUUUCUCUCUGCCCUAUCCAACAACAACGACAGCAAUGGCAACAAUAACAACUACAGGAGCAACAAAAUGGGAACAAUGGCCUCCAGGAGCAGUGGGUUCAAAGUGCAGAUACUGAGCCCCAGCAAUAACCCUAGAGGCAAAAAUAUAUAUAAAUAAAUAAUUUUUUAAAAAAUAUUUUGUUUUAGCUUGCAAUACUAUACUCCCCUACUUCCUCUCUUCCUUGACCAAACAUUGCAGUUCUAGAAGAUACACUAAAGUAGUGGUGGAUACCAUGGGGUUCCAAACAGUAGCAUGGUCUUUGAUGAAAACAUUUGAGAUGAGAACAAUUGAGAAUUGUGCUGUGAUUGAAAGAUGGCAAUCAGCAUUGCUUUUUGUGUUUGUGAAAGUACUUCCUGGAGAGUGCAAAUUCUUCACAUGAAUAAUCUAGAAACAGCUUAUGGUUGGAAAUUCUUGACUUCCCAGAGUUGAAUAGCCUUGGUCUUUUUUUUUUCCUUAGCCUAACUGUGUUAAACAUUAAUUUACAGUAAUAUAUAUUUUCAGGAGUUUAGUUCUACACCUUGGCAUAUGUACAGUACUUUACCAAAGACUAGUGGCAUCAAAUCAAAUCAAAUCGGCUUUCUCAACCCAUUUCUCGAGCCCAUUUGCCAUUCCCCUCCAAUAGACAUGACCAUGGUUUUUAGUCAGAGUCAUUUUUGUUGUGUGUUGCCAUUUGGUUUUCUGUGGUUAUUUCUGUAAUUGCCUUUUACUUUCUGACUUAUUUGGCAUAGUUUAAUCAUCGCAAGUUCACCUAUUUUGUUGCAAGAGACAUGAUUUCAUUUUUUUUUUUUUUUUACCUUUCUUAAUAGCUGAGAAGUUUAAGAGCCCUAAUUGUUCAUUCCUGGAUACUAUUUAAGGAUAGAAAUGAUACUGAACUACCUCAUUACAACUGGAUUAACUAUAAAAUAGUUGUUGUUUUCACUGUCUCCAGGUUAUACUUCUCCUCUGUAGUAACAUUUACAUUCCAUGAAGAUAGAUUAUUUUUGUUUUCAAAAAAAAAUGUGUUCCAGGGGGUUUGGGCGACAGUGCACCAGGUUAAGAACACAUAGUACAAAGAGCAAGGAUCCCAGUUCGAGCUCCUGGCUCCCCACCUGCAGGGGGGUCAUUUCACAAGCGGUGAAGCAGGUCUAUAGGUGUCUAUCUUUUUCUCUCUUCUUUUCUGUGGCUCCCUCCCCUCUCAAUUUUUCUCUGUCCUGUCCAAUAAAAAGAAAGAGAGA